ACUAACAUGGAUUUUGUUUUUAUAGUUUUUUGACAACUUCCACGUAAAGGUCUUUAUUUUUCAAUCUGUGAUAUUUUAAACAGUGCAAAAUAUUGUGGGCAACCCAAAUUAUUAGCACAAAAUGGACCUCACUUGUUUUUCUCAGGACUCGUUUGAUGUUGUCCAAUGGACAAACGAUUAUUUCAAAUCCAAUGGAAGUGUGGAAAACAAAGAUGUGAUGGUUUCGUCUUUGGUAUCCAGGCUGCAGCUUUAUGUUGAACAAAUGAAUUACUCUUUGGAAAAAUCAAGUCAUCAACUAAUGAUCACCAUGCCUCACGUUAUAAAAGACUUAAAGAUUACUCAAGCAGAGGUCGUCACUCUAACGGAUAAAAUGCGUCAGCUUCAAAACGACAUCAGCCAUGUUAAUAGGGAUACCGGUGUCUACAUGCAUAAAUUGGAACGGCUGGAAUCGACAUUUCAAAAAAUAAGCAUAGCCAAACAUGGCAUGAAAGAAUCAGAUGGCUGGGGUAAACUUACCGCCGAACUAGAUGAUUUACUUGAGCGAAACGAUGUUUUUGAAUCGAAAACUAAGUUCAUCGAUUUGAAGAAUUCCAUUUCUGCUCAAACUGGUUUACCAGGUCAAACAGAACGCGCGUUACAGUUUGAGUAUUUUACCAAUCGAUUGGAAGCACUCGCUAGUCCAGCUGUGAUACAACAUAUUCAACAUGGAGAUGUUCCACAAUGCUUGAAGUAUGUUGAAAUCUUCAGAAUAAUAGAUCGUUCACCUCAACUGAAACAAUGCUAUAGGACUGUGCACAAGAAUGCGCUAGUCGAAAAAUGGUCAAAAUUGUCUGAUGCCGAAGGCACUUACGAUACCAAUGUUCUGCUGGAGUUUAAUAAUGCUCUAUUGGACUUUGUUCAAAAUCAACAAAAAUGGUGCAAACAAGUAUUCCACAGUAGUUUGGAACCUCUGGAUACAAUAGUGGAUACUUUGAAAAAUCUACAAAGCUCAAAGCAAUCGUUUGUUAUGAACCAGUUGAAAAAAUCACCCAACAAAUUUGAAUAUCUGGCCUCUAUUGCUAAUAGAGAUUGUCACUUCGCGCAUGCAUUGGAAAAUAUAUUGAUUGAGCUACCAAAGGACAAAUUAGACGAUCUGUCUGUAGCAAUAUUUAUGUACUUUGAUGUUUUUGUCGAACAGUAUCCAAACCUCGAGAGAAGCUACUCAAAUAAAAUGCUGGACGAAAUGAAGUUAAACAGCACAAGUGUAGCUGAAAAUGUUAGCACUCUCGAUAAUUGCAACUCUAAAAUUUUGAAAUGGUUCACUGAUGCUAUUAUUCGAUGUACUAACAUCACUCAGAACAAAUCUUUAGUUCAGCUAAUCAACAUUUUCCGAAGCUUUGUUAUAACUUAUAUUGGAAAAUACACAACCGUGCAGAAACAGCUGGUUCUGAAUCAAUCUGAGGAAGUAAAUUGGAGUUUGCUUCAGUUGAAUAUCAACUUGCUGCAAUACCUGGGCGAUUUUAUGCAAGUAAUAGAGCAAUGCGAAAAGAAGCUCUAUGCCUCCAUGAAUGCGAAGGAACUCGAUUCUAACAACAGUACCGUGUGUCUCCUACGAUAUCUUCGCAACAACGAAAAAGUCCGUGAUGCCGUAACUAGACAAACAGUUAGCGAGAGCAAUGUUCUUUUUGUAAAGGAAUUGAACGCUUUACAGAAAGUAGCUGUUGAAAUUCACGAUAGUGUCCUGAAGCAUAUAUUCAUUUACAUCGAAACACAAUUCAAAGAAGUUGAAUUUACUAUGAAACAGCACAGCAAGGAAUACAAUUUACCAGAUUACAGUUACGCUCCGCAAGAAUACAUCACGCAGAUAGGACAAUAUCUACUGACUCUUCCUCAACACUUAGAGCCAUUGCUUCUAUCUCCGUCCCCGGCACUCAAAUGUAUAAUGCAAUUUUGCGAAGAAAAGUACAAAAGCGAGAAGGCUUGCGCCGAUGUGUUGUUAUUCCUCAUUGUAGAGGAAACAACAGCUAUGUACCAGGAGAAGAUUGAUGAAAUACUAUGUCUGUCUGCAUCGGGAGCUAAGCAGCUCGCCACGGAUAUUGAAUAUUUUGGAAACGUUUUAGAAGAAAUGAGUCUGACACUCAGUUCUAAUUUACAACAAAUAAUUACACUACUAAGAGCGCCGUUGGACCAAUACAAUGCAGUCAGCGUCGGUUGCAAUCCCAGGGUAGUAACAUCGAUUAGACAAAAGAGAAAUAUUCUAUCAUGUUGAUUUGUGUUGAUGUUGAAUAUAAAACUAAAUUGUACUAAUACA